AGGCUGGGCAGUAAGUAGAGUCGGGCUGGUCGGUCCCAGGGAAAGGCCCUGGGCGUUGCGUCCGGUGCCCUCUUUCCAGUCGGGAGCGCCCCGCGACCCUCCCGGGCCAUGGGGGCUCCGUGCUUCCGGUUGCCAAUCGUCCAGGGACCACCCCUGUGGAUGUUGCUCCUUCUCUCAAGCGCGCCGGCCCUGGGACGCGCAGCUCUGCGGCUCUUGGACCACCCGGCACCUGUCUGCUCGCAGCCGGGGCUGAACUGCACAGUGAAGAACAGUACCUGCCUAGAUGAUAGCUGGAUCCACCCUCGGAACUUGACCCCCUCAUCGCCAAAAGAUGUCCGGAUCCAGCUGCACUUGGCCUACACCCAGUCCGGAGAGCUCGUCCCUGUGGCGCAUGUGGAGUGGUUGUUACAGACAGACGCCAGCAUCUUAUACCUUGAGGGUGCGGAGGUUUCCAUCCUGCAGCUGAACACGAAUGAGCGACUGUGUGUCAAGUUCGAGUUUCUCUCCAAACUGAAGCAUCACCACCGGCGGUGGCGUUUUAGCUUCAGUAGCUUCGUGGUGGAACCUGGCCAGGAGUACGAGGUGACUGUUCACCACCUGCCCAAGCCCAUCCCUGAUGGAGACCCAAACCACCAGUCCAGAAACAUUCUAGUGCCUGAUUGUGAAGACUCCAGGAUGAAGAUGACAACAUCGUGUGUGAACUCAGGUAGCCUGUGGGACCCCAGGAUCACGGUAGAGAUACUGGAGGCCCAGCAGCUGCGGGUGAGCUUCACCCUGUGGAACGAGUCUGCCCAGUACCUGCUGCUGCUGAGCAGCUUUCCGCAGGCUGAGAACCACAGCUGCUACGAGCUUGCAGAGCAAAUACCUGCGCCCAGACAGGAGGAUUUCCACCAGCGAUGCAACGUCACACUGGCUCUACAUGGCUACCAGUGGUGCUGCCGCCAUCGAGUGCAGAUCCAGCCUUUUUUCAGCAGCUGCCUGAAUGACUGCAUGAGACAUGCUGUGACCCUGUAUUGCCCGGAAAUUCCUGAUGCUCCAGACUCGAUUGCAGACCUCGUGCCCUUGUGGGUGUACGUGUUCAUCACUGGUGUGUCCAUCCUGCUGGUGGCCUCUGUCAUCCUGCUGGUGGUCUGCAUGACCUGGAGAAUCUCUGGAUCUCAUCAUGACAAGCAUGGUGAUGGCUCCAGGCUCGCUGGCACCGCACCCGGGGCCAACCUGAGCCCCCCAGUCCUGAAGCCAAGAAAGGUCUGGAUCGUCUACUCGGCUGACCACCCCCUGUACGUAGAUGUGGUCCUCAAGUUCGCCCAGUUCCUGAUCACAGCCUGUGGUACUGAGGUGGCCUUGGACCUGCUAGAAGAGCAGGCCAUCUCGGAGGUGGGUGUAGUGACCUGGGUGGGUCGGCAGAAGCAAACGAUGGUGGAAAGCAACUCCAAGAUCCUGGUCCUAUGUUCCCGAGGCACACGGGCCAAGUGGCAAGCCAUCCUGGGCUGCAAGGAGCCUGCCAUCCAGCUGCGGUGUGACCACUGGAAGCCAGCAGGGGAUCUGUUCACGGCGGCCAUGAACGUGAUCCUGCCAGACUUCAAGAAGCCAGCCUGCUUCGGCACCUAUGUUGUCUGCUACUUCAGUGGCAUCAGCAGCGAGAGCGACAUUCCUGACCUCUUCAACAUCACACCCCGGUACCCACUCAUGGACAAGUUAGAAGAGGUUUACUUCCGCAUCCAGGACUUGGAGAUGUUUGAGCCCGGCCGUAUGCACCGUGUCGGGGAGCUCACAGGAGAGAACUACCUACAGAGCCCCAGUGGCCGGCAGCUUAAGGAGGCUGUGUGGAGAUUCCAGGAGUGGCAGGCCCGGUGCCCUGACUGGUUUGAGCGUGAGAACCUUUGCUUGACAGACGAGCAGGACCUCCCAUCCCUGGAUGAAGAGGUCUUCGGGGAGCUGUCACUGCCUCUCGGGGCAGGGAUUGUCAAGCAGCAGCCCCUGCUGCGGGGUUCUGCCUCCCAGGAUUGUCUAGCACUGGAGCCGCUGGUCAGUGACGGGGAUUCAAGACCCUCCAAGCUGGAACCUGAGCCGCAGCCCUCCGGGGAGGUGGCAGCCCAACCCCUCCGUACGGUACUGCUCCCAGGGCAGGAAGGCUGUGUGACACACGUGCUGGAGCCCAGGCCCCAGGAUGACAGGAGCCAUGCAGCCAGCCAGCUACCUGUGGAGGAGGAGGAAGCCUGCCCCCUGCUGGGGAACCUUGGCCCUCUGCGAAACAGCAUCCUCUUCCUACCGGUGGAGUCGGGAGACUCACCUGUUGGCACCCCGUCGUCGUGGGCUUCUCCAGAGCUCCUUCCUGGAGAUGUAAGGGAGCAGCUGGAAGGCCUGAUGGUCUCGCUUUUGGAGCAGAGCCUGAGCUGCCCAGCCCAGGAGGGGUGGAACGGGCCUGCCGUGGCCCUCAAGGACCUGUCUCUGCCCCACGAGGAGGAUCAGCAGCGUCAAUCGGUGCAGUCUGACCAGGGCUACAUCUCCAGGAGCUCCCCGCAGCCCCCCGACGGGCCUGCUGAUGACCACAGGGAAGUCGGAGAGGACCAAGAGCAGAGCCCUGGUGGACACCUCUCUCCUGAGGACCUCCAGAGCCUGCGAAGCCUCCAGCGCCGGCUCCUCUUCCAAGAGCUGCAGAAGAACCCUGGCUGGGAGGGCAUGGGGUCCGACAGGCCAGCUACCACUGAGGGGCUAGCCCCUUCCUAGAGGCCUCUCUCUCACAAGCAUGGGAGGGUGUGCCCCUGGGUGUGCGUGCCUGUGUGUGUUUGUGUGAGAGAGACCGAGUGUGUAGCAUUUGUCUUCACAGUGUACACAUCCUGAUUCCGUGUAGCCAUCUUCCACCCAGCGCCAUGACCCAUCUGCAGGAGCUAGCGGCUGCGUAGCCAUUCGUUCAGUGUAGGUUUUGUAUCUGCUCUGUGCCAGGCACAUAGGGUACUAGCAGACAGCUGGUUUCCUGAGUCAGGUCCAAAAACAGAACAGCAUGUGAGUGUGGGGAAGGGAUGUAAUCCAGAAUGACAAACGGAGUCCUUGAAAGGGACGUGGCUGGGGGGAGCCUGGUGGGCAACUCUCUGUGGACCCCUGUCACCGGAUGGAC